CCAUCAUUGCACAUAAAAAUGCCGUCUUGUUCAGCAGCAACCGCUAACCAAUAGAAACCUCCAAUGAUAGACUAGGCACACCAGGCCGCCAAACUGCAAUAAGUUCGUUAUUGAAAAGCUUAAAGCUGCUCCUAUGGCAAAAUCGGUAACCGUUUCACCACCCAUCUCCUUUCCUGAACUGGCAAGGGCUCCAUCCAAGAACCCAAUGGCGGUCAGGAGCUCUUGCCAUCACCCUCCUUCCGUCGCCAUCCCGUGAUCUCACACACGGAAGGAGACCUUGAGGUUCGGCACCGCAGUGCGCAGCUGCAAUGAGCAACUCUGCAGGAUCUGUCAAGACGGUGUUUGAGGACCAGGUGAGAGGCGUGGUGUGCUACAGAGAUGACAGAGGAGUGGUGAUCUGCGAAGGGUACGACGACGGGCUGAGGCUCGAGAUGCGGCUGCCGGAGAAGGCCUGCUUUCCAUGGCCAAUGGGAAUCCGGGUCACCGAUUUCAUCGAGCUGUCGACGCUUCGAGUCUUGGAAGACGCAGAUGCCGUGCAUCCCAGCUGGAAUGAUCAGAAGAGGCAUUUCUGAAAUGUGGAGCUGAUAGAGUGAUCACACAAGAAUAAUUAUCUAGAGUUCAGUCGCGUGAGAAUAAUUACAGGAAUAACCCGAACUGCGGACUCUUCACCUCUUCUUGCCAUAUUUCAAGUUCGAUUACAUGCGUCACCAUCUCCUUUCGAUAAACGAGAUGAAAUUUAUGUUUCUGUGAAGCAUCAAACGAACUUGUCCAUGUUCCUGCUACUAGUGCAGUAGAAUUUCAGUACCUCUCCAUCACUGCAACUGGAAUUAUUUCCGACCAAGUUCCCUAUGGAGCGAGCAAAUUAUUUUC